AUGGUGAGGCCGGGGCGGCCGCUUCCCGCGGGGACCCGGCGGGCGGCCUCGCUGCUCCGCCCCAGCCUCCUCCUUCUCCUGCUGCUGCUGGGCACCGAGGCGCAGAAAGGUGAUGGGUGUGGACAUACUGUGCUGGGCCCUGAGAGCGGGACCCUGGCCUCCAUAAACUACCCCCAGACCUCUCCCAAUAGCACUGUGUGUGAGUGGGAAAUCCGUGUGAAGCCUGGGCAGCAAGUUCAGCUCAAGUUUGGUGAUUUUGACAUUGAUGACACCGAUUCCUGUCAUUCCAGUUACCUGAGAGUUCAUAAUGGCAUUGGCCCCAACAGGACAGAAAUAGGAAAAUACUGUGGAUUUGGCUUUCAAAUGGAUGGUUUAAUUACUUCAAAAAGUAAUGAAGUCACAGUACAGUUCAUGAGUGGAAUUCACACUUCUGGACGUGGAUUUCUUGCAGCUUAUUCAACCACUGGCAAAUUAGACUUAAUUACCUGUUUAGACAAUGCAAGUCACUUUUCCGAACCAGAAUUCAAUAAGUAUUGUCCAGCUGGAUGUGUGAUUCCUUUUGCUGAUAUUUCAGGCACUAUUCCUCAUGGAUACAGAGAUUCGUCAUCACUUUGUAUGGCCGGUGUUCAUGCAGGUGUCGUGUCAAAUACUCUGGGUGGUCAAAUUAAUGUUGUAAUCAGCAAGGGCAUUCGAUACUAUGAAGGCUCCUUGGCUAACAAUGUCACCUCAAAAGUGGGACCCUUGUCUACAAAUCUCUUCACCUUUAAGACAAGUGGUUGCUAUGGGACACUGGGGAUGGAGUCUGGGGUGAUUCCUGAUUCCCAUAUCACAUCAUCAUCAAUUCUCGAGUGGCCUAACCAAACAGGACAAGUAAACAUUUGGAAACCUGAAAAUGCCAGACUAAAAAGGAUUGGACCUCCUUGGGCUGCUUUUAUCAGUGAUGAACAUCAGUGGUUGCAGAUUGACUUGAAUAAAGGAAAGAAAAUAACAGGUAUUAUAACUACUGGAUCAACUUUAGCAGAGCACUACUAUUAUGUCUCAGCCUACAGAAUUUUAUAUAGCGAUGAUGCACAGAAAUGGACAGCAUACAGAGAACCUGGCAUGGGUAAAGAUAAGAUAUUUCAAGGGAAUACUGAAUUGUACCAGGAAGUUCGCAAUAAUUUCAUUCCACCUAUAAUUGCGCGUUUUUUUAGGAUUAACCCCUUAAAAUGGCACCAGAAAAUUGCAAUGAAAGUAGAAUUGCUAGGAUGUCAGUUUAGUAUAGGUCGUGCUCCUAAAAUCACUUUGCCAGCACCACCUCAGAACAAGAAUGAUAAGAAUGCUGACUUCAUGGAUGACUUCAUUCAUUCAGUGAAGACUUCGCUGCAGACAGAUAAAACAACUUUCACACCUGAGAUAAAAAACACUACAGUGACUCCAAGUGUAACCAAAGAUGUGGCAUUGGCAGCAGUUCUGGUUCCAGUGCUGGUGAUGGUCUUCACUACCCUGAUUCUUAUCUUAGUUUGUGCAUGGCAUUGGAGAAACCGCAAGAAAAAAACUGAGGACACAUAUGAUCUACCUUACUGGAAUCGCGCAGGAUGGUGGAAAGGGAUGAAGCAGUUUUUCCCGAUCAAAUCAGCAGAACAUGAAGAAACUCCUGUAUGCUACAGCAGCAGUGAAAUCAGUCGCCUAAGACCAAGAGAAGUCCCAACAAUGUUGCAGACAGAGUCUACAGAAUAUGCUCAGCCUCUGGUACGGAGAAUUGUGGGCACACUUCACCAAAGAUCAACCUUCAAACCAGAGGAAGGAAAAGAAGCCAGUUAUGCUGACUUGGACCCUUACAAUUCCCCCAUCCAAGAAGUUUACCAUGCCUAUGCCAAGCCACUGCCCGUAACCGGACCUGAGUAUGCGACUCCAAUAAUCAUGGACGUGUCCAGCCAUCCCAGCACCCCUCUCGGCGCUCCUUCUGUUUCCACCUUCAAAGCUGCUGGAAAUCAAGCUUCUCCACUGGUUGGAAUGUGCAAUAAACUGUUAUUCAGGACAGACAGUGCAUCCUCAGCACAGGCACUGUACGAUAUACCAAAGGGGCAGCCAGGGCCUGGCAGUGCCGACCAGCUUGUGUACCAGGUGCCACAGAGCGUGGCCCUUCCCACUGUCCUUAAAUGCUGCGGACAACGUCUGAAUGGAAGCUGCAGUGCUGUUCAAGGGGCUGCCACCAUGCCUUAUCACCAGUAAAGUAUCCUCACUUACCCCUGAAAAUCUGUUUGUAGAGGGGCUGUAUAUAAACUCUGGAGUCAAAAAUCACUUGUGGCCUGUUCAGCAUCUAAAAUAUGAUCUUAUGUAGAAUCAUAGAAUGGCUGGGGUUGGAGACCUUAAAGAUCAUCUACUUCCAAUCCCCUGCCAUGGGCAAGGACACCUUCCACUAGGUCAGAGCUCCACUAAACUUGGUCUUGAACACUUCCAGGGAUGGGAGUAUGCAUAAUUUCUUUGAGCAACCUGUUCCAGUGUCUCACCAUCCUCACAGUAAAGAAUUUCUUCCAUUUAUCUAACCUAAACUUCCCCUCUUUCAGUCUGUACUUAUUUCCCCUUAUUUUGCCACUGCAGUUUGGGACAAGGAGUCCCUCUCCAGCUUCCCUAUGGGUUCCUUCCGGUACUGGAAGGUUGUAAUGAGGUUCCCACACAAUCUCCUUUUCUCCAGGCUGAGCAGCCCCAACCUUUCUGGUCUGUCUCCACAGGGGAGGUGCUCCCGUCCUCUUACCAACCUCGUGGCCUCCUCUGGACUUGCUCUAGUAGUUCCAUGUCCUUCUUAUAUUGGGGGCACCAGAGCUGAGUGCAGCACUCCAGGUAGGGUCUCACCUGAGCAGAGGAGAAUCUAUCACCCUUCUGUCCAUCCUCCUCUUGAUGCAGCUCAAGAUCCCAUUGGCUUUCUGGGCUGUGAGAGCACAUUGCUGGCUCAUGUUGAGUUUUUCAUCAACCAUCACCCCUGUCCUUCUCUACAGGGCUCCUCUCAGUCACUUCUCUGCCCAAGCUGUCUGUGAGCCUGGGGUUGCCCUGACUCAAGUGUAGGACAUUACCUUUUUCAACUCCAGGAGGUGCCACCUCUCAGGGCUGUCCAGUCCCUCUGGAUGGCAUCCCUUCCCUCCAGCAUGUUGAUGGUGCCUCACAGUUUGGUGCUGUGGGCAAACUCACUGAAGGUGUGCUCAAUCCCACUGUCCCUGUCACCAACAAAGAUGCUGAACGUUCUCUGUGCUACCUUGAAGCCAGUUGUAGAAUUUCUGAUCAUUCAUUCUCAUUAAUUGAGAAUGACAUUUUUUAGUUAUUUGUUUUAGAGCUUCGUGUCUUAAGCCUGAAUGUGAAUGUAAGGAUGGUAAAUAAGACCCAUUUGUGAACAGCAAAUUCCUGCCUAUGAUUGUACUUUUUUGUUGCUGCAACUUUUUCUGACUGACGAAACUAGUCUGCAAUCUUUGUAGUUUUGCUUAAACAUGUAAGUAACUGUUCCUAGCUAUCAGCAGCAACUAUGACUGAAAUUAUCUGAGCUGGUUUUAUUUCAAGGAGUGGGAAGUUCUUACUUUCCACUAAGAUGUGACAGUACGGUUACAGCCAAGUUAAGAAUCUUUUCCGUUCUCAACCUGUACCAGUUUAGGCUUAGAAAAAUUAAUUUAUCAUAAAAAUAAAUGGAUGUCAGUAUAAAUAACACACCUGGAUUUGAUUUUUACUGCAGACCAGGAAUGGUAGAACUGUGGAGAGCUAAAGGCUAAGGUGUUGUAAGAAUUAUGCUGUUUCUCUGCAGUGGGUUAUUUUUUAAGCAAACAUAAUGCAAUUUCAUUCUCUGAGGAGCAUAAGCUGUUAAAGAAAUGGAUGUUUUUAAAAUGCAAGCCCCUUUUUGGAAGGAAUUUGGUCCUAGGUUUUGCUCCUACUUCAGACUUUGGACAUGUUGUCCACUAGGGGCAAGAUACAUUUGAACAUGUAACAGUUGGGUUUAAAUUGCGUGGCACACUAAGACUAGAAUUUCCCUGUGUACAAUAAAGGGAAGGUACAUUUCAUGGAUCUCUCUUACAUGUGAAGACAUGUAUAUAAAAUGUAUUUCAAUCUUAUUUGGCUUGAAUAUUCUCCCAGAAUGUAUGUUCUUACCUCAGCAUGUAUUGUAGUUGCUCAGUAUCUGUAUAUGUUGCUAGGACUUAGACUGUAUAAAUAGUGAGGGGAUUUUAUAUGUUAAAAAGUAUUUUAAAUAAAUUGUAUGUACCUAUUA